AUGUCUCGAGCAUACAACAGCUCUUCACCUCUAUCGAUCCCACAGUCCCGUCAUGAUACCCUCCCUAGCAGCUCCUCAGGUCAUUUUACUCGACCCAAUCACGCCUUGAGGAUCAAUACCGAUUCGCUCCUUCCUACACCCACGUCCCUUGGAGCGCGAUCUCGUUCAAAAUCGACAUUGACCAGUACCAUGUCUCCUCCUAUCUACCCAUCUCAUUCUAUCUCGAGAUCAUUUUCACAUAAUCAAACUCCGUUUGUCACUGCCGACGCUGGGGGGGGCUCUCGAGAGCGAGAGCGAGAGCGAGAGCGAGAUCGAGAUGAUGUAGCCAUGGUCGUGAGCGGAUUGAGGGAAGUAGACCAACAUCAAAGAAGUCAAAGCUCGGGUCAAAUCAAAUCGGACAAAAUGUCUCGCAGUGAAUCACUCGCCAGAUUCCCGCCAGGAUCUCAGGAGGAGAAGGAGGAGGAGGAAGAGGAGGAGGCAGCAGAGGAGGACAUCGAAAGUGAGAAUGAAGAGGAGGAGCAGACGGUCAAGCGUAUACACGAAGCUCUGGCAAAGUCGCCCGACCGAGGAGAUACGCUGGAUCUCAGUCGCAGAGGUAUCGAAGGCAUUGAUGAUCAUGCCGUCGAAGUGUUUCGCAGAGGCGUAGGAAAGGAUCAAAAGGGUGUUUGGAGGCUCGCUUUGUCCUACAACUCGUUGGCUGACAACUCGAUUGUCGCCUCCUUCUCGCGACUCAGUCGACUCCGUUACCUCAAUCUCAAAGGUAACAACUUUACCGAAUUCCCUCAAGCAUUGAGCCAAAUGACUGCCCUGGAGAUCUUGGAUUUGUCAAAGAACAAGAUUGUCUCCUUUCCUUCGGAGCCAGGCCGUCUGACGCAGUUGAAAGUUUUGUCCUUGACUAGCAAUCGCAUACGCUCCCUUCCCAGCUAUCUCACAAAGUUCAAUCACCUCAAAGUAUUCAAAGUAGACCUCAACCCAAUCGAAUGGCCGCCACGCGAAGUCCUGGGCAAUCUUGUCGACAAUGACAUUUCCAAGCCUGUUGAAACGCAGCCCGGCCAGCGAAAGAAGGACGAGGAUCUGCGGCCAUGGAUAGAGAACAUGAAGAAGUGGAUGAGGGUCAAAGAGGCAGAAGGAGAUGAGAAUGUUCCGCCGAAGGGACAUUAUCAACGCGGCGACGAGGGCGAGCUGGCGUCAGAAGACGAGCCGUAUAGCGCGGUAUCGGAUGGUCUUGCUGGGUCUAUGAUUCACUUUGGAUCAGCUUCGUCACCAUCUCUUACUACGCUAUCAUCACAGCAGACUCUUCGACCCCUUCGAGAUGCUUCCAGCGACAGGCUCAAUGAAUCCCCAGAAAGCUCAAAUAUGCAUCGACGGCGCAACAUGGGCAUGUAUGGUUAUCAAUCUCCCGACCAAAUCCUUUCGCCGGAUCUUCCCGCACCUCGUGUACCAUUCCACGAGAGGCACGAUUCGAAUCUGUCACUCAAUAUACCGCCUCUUUCAGCCUCAUCAAACUCGUCCUCUGCGCAUUCUCGCAAUCCCUCAUCGACAUUGCCUCUGCCUCCAGUGAUUUCACCUCUCGGCUCGGCGGGUCAUAAUCGAGGAGCGAGCUAUACUGCCACUCAAAGACUCAGCGGUACGCUACGUGCCAAAAAGUCACUUCCAGAUCUCCGGAAGAGCCACGCCAAGAUCAUAGAGGAGCGACGGAACGAUGGUGCGGAGGGGCAGACGAGUAGACCGUUAGGCAUGGGCAUCGAGCGUACUCGGUCGAAUAUCACCAGUCCUAACGCUUGGGAUUCAAGGUCGCCCCCGAUGACUAGCAUUCCGACCCGCAACAUAUUGAUGCGGAAAACAUCUGAGGAUAUGCUGUCGAGCCUUCGAUCAUCGAACAUCGCCGAUGUUGGCAAUCGUAAAACGGAUACUAGCGAUGUCGUGGCGACUGAAGAAUUGCGCAAUUCCUACUUUCGUCGGCUGUCGACUUUGCCAGCGUCGAGUAUAUCAAAGACGAUUCCGAAAGCUCUCUUGCAAGUAAUUGAUGCUGUCCGCGGCAUUCUCUACGCCCUGUCACAGAUCCACGCUUCUCUCAGACAGUACUUGUUGUACGCGGUCGAUGAUCGCGUCUCCAAUGUCUUCACUCGCGUUACGGAACCUGCAACUAAACAUCUGGACGGAUUGAUCGACGCGCUUGAUCGAUUUGAUUCCAUGUCGAGGCGUAACCGAACGCCAACAGAAGCUUUCAAAAAUGUGGUGCUGGCUACAAAGACCUGCAUCGGAGAUACAGGCAAAGUGCUUGCGGUGCUCAAGCUGCAAGUAUCUGCUUUGAAAGGCAGCGACGCAAGAUACACCCGGACUCUCUUAUUGAUGCUGUACGGAUCAAUGACUGAGAUUGCCGCAUCCUGGAAAUCCAUGAGUCCUCUCUUGGAACAGAUAAAGACGGGUCACGAGGCAUUCGAGGGUCCACGAGGAGCCGCCAAAGUGUCACAGCCCAUGUCAACGACGACUCGUGCGCCCUUUUCCCCCAUCGUCGAAACGGCAGAAGGUAGUUCUCCAUCGGCGCCGCCAUCUAGUCUUCCGUACGAAACACAGUCGGGGCAGAUCUCAAUGUCCAUAUCCACCAGUCGACAACGCGGUCGAAGACAGGGCGGUUCAUUCUCGCAGGAUGGUGUUGACAAAGGCCGGCUGAUGCCACGCAGCGACCCGCGGACGGGUCGAUCUCUGGCCUCAAACAGCCAUCAGCAGCAUGACUCGUACUCUAGCGUCUUAGAAGAGGAACUCACUGAAGUUUCGGAUGCAGAAGAUCCCGUCAAGGAUCCAGCGAUCAUUCCGACCCGGCCCUCCAAGACAGAUCUUCCGCCCGAAUUCUCAGACUCAGUCCCACUCACCCCUCCGGAUGGGUCCAAUGUAGCCAAUACUCAACCUCUUAUCCGCCCUCAACGAGGGCACAAGCCGUCGUCCUCGUCUGGAUCCAUGUCCAGUGCGAUGAAUAUCCCACGAAAGCCUUCAGUCGAUGUUCGUCCUCCAACGCCUGCAUCAGCGGCCUUAUUCGAUGACGAUCUCCUUGAUCUGUUCGAGACGGCCAUAGAUUCAGCGUUCCUAGUCUGGCUCAAACUUGCAGAAGAUAUAGGUCUGUCAGCGCCGGGAGCUACCGGAGGAACUCAUGGUAGAAUGGAUUCGCAAGAUAGCACUACGUCCUCGAUGAUCCAGCGGCCUCAUCAGAAGACAAUGAGCGACUCUGAGUACACAGAGUUGGCCACUCUUUUGCCACAAGCUGAAGAUACCACGUCGUCGCUCAAGGAAUCGUUGAUGAGCGUGCGUGCGAGUUCAUCCAAUUGGAAUACGACGUCCCUGCCGGAUCAGGCUCAGGCUUUCAUCCGGAUCGUCGUCUUGGUUUCUCACACAGUCAAAUCAAUCUCGUCGACACACACAUUCCCUCUUAAUGUACGGCAAACCUUCUCCUCCUUGAUACAGACGACCAGGGAAUGUGCUAUCCUCAUCCAAGUCUCAUCAGUCCAGCCUCGUAAUCUCUCCGGUCCACUUGAUCGCAUCAAACAUGCUCCUCCAAUCAGCGCACGAUCAGUUUCACCCUUCCGGUCCAGGGAUUACCCUCGGGAGAUGAGCGGAAACGCUAGUACAGAAGAGCUUGUGGUACCGCCCAGUGCAGCUUCAGCCAAUUGGAGCGGACCUCCUUCGAGUGGUCUCAGAGGCCUUCAAUUACCUUCAAGACAAGCAGCCAUGAGUAGAAGUCGCUCAGCGAACAAUCAAGGAUCACAAGGGUCCCUGGAUCUCUUGCGGGCUCCGAGGAUGAUGGGGACAUUGAAUAACGGCGGGACUCCGUAUUCUGGUGGCGCAUGA